GUUAUGUUUUCUGUCAUUUUCUGUUUAUAUUUAUGUACCAUAAAUUAUAUCAAUAUUUAUAAUCAUUUAGAUACGAAAUAUUUAAAAUAUUGGAAUCAUGGCUUGUCCAGGUUUAUAUUGUGGGUUAGUACAACUACCUGAUUCUAAAUUGAGUGAUUGCGGACCUUGUCCACGAGGAUUCAAACGAAACGAAACUACAUACAUCUGCGAAUUAUGUACUGAUAACCCCUCAUUUUACGAUUGGCUGUAUCUCGGCUUUACAGUCUUAACAAUAAUAGUUUUACACUGGUUUUUCAUAGAUAUGAUCUCCAUGAGACGAAGUUUUACAAAAGAUAUACUUAUUUUACAUUCAGUAGCUUUUAUGGAAGUGAUAAUUGCAGCUUUCGUUUCGUUGAUACUUUCACCUCCGAUCGGUAAUUUGACUCUCUAUAGCUGUAGAGUUAAAAAGAUUUCUGAUUGGUAUACUCUCUUUCACAAUCCUACACCGAAUUUCGAACAAAAGAUAUAUUGCACUCAAGAGGCUGUAUAUCCUUUAUAUACCACAGUGUUUCUAUUCUAUGGGUUGUGUCUGAUUUUUAUGCUCACAUUAAGGCCGUGGUUGAGUAAAAAAUAUUUACCAAAACAGAGUAAAAUGGCGAUAUACGCAGCAUUAUAUUUCAUUCCGAUUCUGGUUGUAAUGCAUGUGUUAAUUGGGGGAAUUUUGUAUUAUUCUUUUCCUCAUCUUAUCUUGAUAUUUUCAGUUAUAUCUUGCGCGGCGCAUUUUUCGGUUAAAAUUGAUCAAAGUGUUAAAUCGUUGAUUUUAACGACUAUUUUAGAGCCUCGAAAUUUGGUGAUUCUUAUUGGACAUUGGUGUUUACAUGCAUAUGGUAUUAUAGCUUUGACCCAACUUGUAAAUCCGACUGUAAAUGCGCCUUUAAUUCUUCUAAUACCACUUCCAGCUUUGUUUUACAUCCUGACUUCGAAAUUUACUGAUCCAAGUAAAGCAAAAUUCUAAUACUUUCAAAAUGGGAUGGUAAGAAUCCCUAUCUGUAAGAUAAUGGGUAUAUUUUGUUCUGAAAUAUACAAGAAACGAUUUGGAUUGUAAAAGAAUGUGUAGUUGAUUGUUAGAAAUAAAGAUCUAAUCAAAU